AUGUUGGAUGGCCGGGGAUCAAGCAAUCGAGGGACUGAUUUCGAAUUUCCCAUCUUUGGCAGGCUUGGACAAUAUGAAAUCGAGGAUCAGGUCGAGGGAUUGAGGGAAGUGGCUCAAAUAAUGGAUGGAUUGUUGGAUUUGUCGAGAGUUGUUGUACAAGGAUGGAGUUACGGCGGCUAUAUGUCGCUGCUUGCACUAGCCAAGUUCCCCAAUGUGUUCCGCGCUGCUAUAGCUGGUGGAGCAGUGACAGAUUGGAAGCUCUACGACACAGCCUACACGGAACGAUACCUCGGUUAUGGAUCUGAUCGCGAUCCGUUUUAUGACGAGUCGUCUGUAAUCAAGCACGUCGAGAAAUUGCCAGAUCAGUACAGUCCGUUCGAACGACUGUAUCUCAAGGAACUGGGUAUCGUUCCUGGUGUCUGA